GGCGGCGGGGUAGACGGCGCACGCCGGGGGCGGAGCUGGGCUCACGUCUGCGUGACAGUUGUCGCGGGGGGGAGGGCGAGCCCAGACUAGGGGGAGGGAGUGUAAAUAAAGCGAAGGCGGCGGCGUGUCGAUCCCGUCACCUCUCGGGCGACCCGUGAGAAGCCCCGGAGGGAAAUGGAAGAAGAUGAGCAAGAGCAGCGACGCAGAAAGGUGGAGGCCGGGAGAGCGAAGCUUGCUCACUUCCGACAGAGAAAAACAAAAGGUGACUGUGCGCAUCCGAAGAAAAAGACGGCGAAGAGGAAGGGCCCGGCUGUCGAUGCGCCUGUCCAGGAGGAGAGCCCGGUAGCCACCGAGGAUGGUGGACUCCUGGGAAGAGGGGACGUUUGCAAAGACGAGUCGUGCGGUGACACCCCCGAUGGGGCAGGAGCAGCACAGCUGGAGGACCUCAGUGGAGAGAGGACAGGGCACUUGGAGCAGCCACAGCAGAAGCUGGAUGACGACCAUCUGGAGCAGCCUGGGGUUCUCACAGAGGACCAUGAGCAAGAAUAUACACUAGUAAUUGCGGAACUGAUGAGAAGACAGAAGGGUGAGUCCAGCACACAGCAGCAGGUGGCCAUGGAGCUCCAGCGGCUGACAGAGAUGCAGCAGAUGCAGCUGCAGACCCAGGAGGUUGGCGAGCUGCCAGGCUGUGCCCGGGCUGCCGGAGGUCCUGCGGGGAGCUGGCCGGUGCUGCAGCACGAGGCUCGGGAAGCAGGUGUAAGAGCCUGUGGUGGUGGUGGGAAGGGGUGCUGCUGCAGUGUCUUGGCAGACACGGACACGCCAGGCAGCGUGCUGGUGCUUUCCCCAGCCCCCCAGAAGCCCCUCUCUGUCCUGCAGCCGGUGCCUUCCCUGGAGCUGGAGGCGCUGCGCCUGAGUCUGAGCAACAUGCACACGGCUCAGCUGGAGCUGACGCAGGCCAACCUCCAGAAGGAGAAGGAGACGGCGCUGACAGAGCUGCGGGCCAUGCUGAACGGUCGGCAUGCCCAGGAGCUGGCCCUGCUGCGGAGCAGGCAGCAGCAGGAGCUUGAGCUGACCAGGGAGCAGCACGCGCGGGAGCGGGAGGAGACGGUGCGGCGCUGCAGCCGGGAGACAGCCGAGCUGAAGGAGAAGCUACAGGCAGAAAUGGAGAAGAACGUGAGGACGAUAGAGAACCUGAAGCAAGAAUGGGAGUCGGAAAGAGGUUUAUGCUUAGAAAACCUACGCAGAGAAUUGUCUGCAAAGCAUCGGUUGGAAUUGGAGAAUUUACAAGACCAGUUUAAGAAAGAAUUGGCAGAACAGAAAGCUGAAUUGGAGAAGAUUUUUCAAGCCAAAAAUCAGGCUGAAUGUGCCCUGAGGACUCUGGAGACCCAACAGGAAGCAACCCUGCAACAGUUACGCGAAGACCUGCAGUCUGAGCGCGGUCAGUACGUGCGGGACUUGGAGCAGAGACUCCGAGACCAGGAGGCAGAAAAACAGCUGGAGUUAGAGAGCCUCCGGGCGUCCUACGCAGAGCUGAAGGCUCAGUCGCAAGAAGAGCUCCGGCGCCUUUGGUCUCAGCUCGAGUCUCCCACACCCGACAGAGAGGACUCGAGUGAGUUCCACGACCAGCUCCCGGCCCUCACGCCUCACGGGGAAGAGCUAGAGCGCCUAAAGCGAGACUUCCAGCAGCAGUGGCAGCGAGAGAAAGCCGAGCACGAGUCUGAGCUGGAGCAGUUGAGAAUUUACUUUGAGAAGAAAUUAGAGGAGGCUGAGAAAAGCUACCAAGAAGACCUGAUUGUGUUACAGCGGCGGCUGCAGGUGAAUGAAGAGUCUCUUCUGGAGUCUGUGGAAAUCAGCCCGGGUCUUGUGGCCACCACCCUGGGCAGGUGGCGUGCCGUGAUGGACUGUGGCGGCCCCGUGCACGUGCUCUGCCCCAGUGGUGUGAGGCCUCCCUGGUUUCGGGGAGACCAGUGGCAGAGCUCCUCCUGGGCUCCUGUCUUAGAUGGCCCCGUGCCCCGCCCCCCACGGCCAGCCUCGGCCCGCGGGCCCUGGUUAGAAGAAAACCACCGGGGCCAACUAGCAGCGUUGAAGUCCUCCCUGGAAGCCCGGCAGGAGGUGGGCCUCGUAGGGACCCAGGUGUUGGAAGGGGAGCAACGUGUAGGGCUCUCAGAAGGGCCUGGCGAAGAGCUUGCUCGGGUGCCUGUCCCGUGUGCACAGGAUACGGCCUUGGAGGUGGAGACAGAGGUGGCGGCCAGAGUCUUGGGUUUGGAAACUGAGCACAAGCUUAAACUCUCACUUCUUCAGACAGAGCUCAAGGAAGAAAUUGAUGUCUUAAAACUAGAAAAUAGAAAUUUACAUGAGAAGUUGCAGCAUGAAAUCCACCUGAAAGAGGACUUGGAGAGGGUAAAAUAUAACUUGGUUGAAGAUCACCAGGAGGAGCUGAAGAAAGCUAAGGAGAAAUUACAGCUGAUGAAGCAAGAAUUCAAAGACAAAGAAGCAGAAUGGAAAGUGGCAAGUGAGAAUCUAAAGAGAAAAGCUGAAGAGGAACUCGCGCUGAUGCUCCUUGACCUGAAAGAACAAGCUGAAGCUGAGAAACAGUCAAUAAUAAACAAGUUUGAGCUUCGAGAAAUCAAAAUGAGGCAACUUCAGGAUCAGCAGGCAGCCCAGAUCCUGGACCUGGAGGGGUCCCUAGUGGAGCAGCAGGGCCGGCUACGGCAGCUGGAGCUCGGGCUUGCAGGGGACGAGUGUCCACAGUGCAGCCAGUGUGGCCGGGAGCCAGGUGGCCGUCUGGCUCCUGCAGACCAGGCCUGGGAGCUCACCGCACUCCGCCUGAAGGAGGACUGUGCCCUCCAGCUGAUGCAGGCACAGAACAGGUUUUUAAAAGAACGUAAAGAAAUCACAGAGAAAUUCACUGCGGAACAAGAUGCCGUCCUUCGGGAGGCCCAGGAGAAGCACGCCUGUGAGCUGCAUCUCCUCCAGGAGAGACACCAGCAGCACAUUCUGUCCUUGACGGCGGAGCUGGAGGCCCGGCACCAGGCCGAGGUGGAGGAGCUGCGGGCCUCUGUGGAGAGUGAGCAGCGGGCUCUUUCAGAGGCCCGUGUGGCUGAAUUGCAGACACAGCAUGCCGCGGCGGUCAGUGCUUUGGAGGCAAGACACGCGUCACACCUGGAUUCCCUGGAAUCGCGUCGGCUGUCUGAGAUGCAGGCCAUGCGGGAGGAGCACAGGUGGGCUCUAGAGCAGCUGAGAGCGGACCUGGAGAAGCAGCUGCAGAAGAAGGGUGCUUCUCACCCCAGUGCUCUGACUCAGGGGCGACACGGGCAGGCUCUGAAACGUGGCCAGGAGCUCCCGCCUGCGGAGGAUGGCCUGAGGAUGCAGAGGAGCGGGAAUCAGGGUGAGGGUGUGAAAGCCCUGGUACCCCCUGAGCUCCCGGGAGUGCAGCAGGGUGAAUUUGAAAGUGAAAAGAAGAAAGUUGCUUUGCAUGAAAAGGAGGAGAUACAUAGACUGGAGUGUGAGCAAGCACAGUCUCUUUACCAGAAAGAGAAAGAGUCUUUGUUUCUGCAGCUUCAGGAGAAGAAUAACCAAAUUCUGCAGCUGAAAGACCAGAUUUUACUCUUAAGUCACGAGGUGGAAGAGUGCCGUUCCGAACUGGAGAAGCUACAGCAAAGACGUGAAAGGGAAAACCAGGAAGGCACUAAUCUCAUCUCGAUGCUCAAGUCUGACAUGGACCUGUCUGCCCGCGAAAGGAGAGCGCUCCAAGAUGCUCUGCGGAGGCUGCUCAGUUUAUUUGGAGAAAUGCUCAAGGCUGCCAUCACCCUGAAGAGCCGGAUCGGUGAGCGCGUGGGGCUCUGUCUGGAGGACGAGGGCCUGCCUGAUGUGCAGCCCAGUGGCCAGGCCCUGUCUGCAGUACCAGUGCUUGAUGAGAUGUGGCCUGGGUCUGAGGCAGCCCUGCUGGAGCUGGACAAAACUUUGUCUGAAUUUGUGGAGAUGUCUUCAGACGCUGAAAUUAGCAGUCAUAUCUGUGAAAGCUUUUUCAUGAGCCCAGAAAGUUCGCUGGAGUGUGAGCAGCCAAUUAGGAGAAUUUACCGGAGCCUUGGCCUGGCGGUGGAUGGCCUGCUGGAGCUGGCUCUGGACUCCACCAGGCAGCUGGAGGAAGCACGUCAGAUUCAUUCUCGUUUUGAGAAGGAAUUUAGCUGUAAGAACGAGGAGACUGCGCAGUUUGUUAGAAAGCACCAGGAGUUACUGGAGCGCCUGGAUGAGGAGAACGUGGCCCGCACGCGGCUGACGCUGGAGCUGCACCAGGCGCAGGGCAUCAUCGAAGGGUUCAAGGUGGAGAAGGCCAGCCUGCAGGAGGCUCUGGGCCAGAAGGAGACGGCCGAGCGGGGCCUCGCUGUCGAGCUGGAGAGCCUGAGGCAGCAGCUGCAGCGGACGACCCAGCAGCAGGCAGAGCUGAAGGAGGAGAACUCUGCCCUGUGGACCCAAAAGGAGGCCUUGGCCGCAGAAGCGGAAGAGAGAGAAGCUGCUCUUCGUAGGGAAGUGGAAUGUCUGACGCAGGAGCAGUCGGAGGCCAGGAAGCAGUCCGAGAGAGACCGCGCAGCUCUGCUUUCCCAGAUGAAGGUUUUCGAGGCUGAGCUGGAGGAGCAGCUGUCCCGGCAUGAAGCGUGUGCCAAGCAGGCUGAGGAGCUCUCUUCGCUGAAGCAGCAGAUGGUGGCUCUGGACAAGCACCUGCGGAGCCAGCGCCAGUUCAUGGACGAGCAGGCUGUUGACAGGGAGCACGAGCGGGAGGAGUUCCAGCGGGAGAUCCAGAGGCUGGAGGAGCAGCUCCAACAGGCGACCCGGCCACGGCCCCGGGGCCCCCGCGCCAGCGACCAGGAGCCGCUGUAUGAGCAGGUUGAAUUGUUACAAGAACAGUUGAGAGAGAAAUCAGAUGGGUUUAAUGAGUUGGUUAUAAAGAAAGAGUUGGCAGACAGACAGAUGUUAAUCCAGGAAGAGGAAAUCAAACGUCUGGAGGAGACGAAUGUCAGCUGCAGAAGAGAGGCGGCCCAGCUGCGGGAGGAGCUGGAGAAGCAGAGGGAUGCCGUGAAAGCGUUGCAGCAGGAUAAAGAGGCAUUACGGGAGCAGCAGAUGAGUAACUUGCUGCUGGUGUCCACACUGCAGUCCAAACUCGAUGAGGGCAGAUGCCCUGUGCCUCCUGCAGGCAGCUGUCCUGAGGGCCCGGAAGCCCUUCUGGAGGCGGCUCAGAAGGUGCUCCAGCAGCGGGACAGCGAGGUUUUGGACCUAAAAGAACAAUUAGGAAAAAUUAAAGAUGACUUAGUAAGUAAGAGCAAUGAAGUGCUGCAUCUGAACUUGAAAUUAGACGCAGAGAGCCACCGUGCUGCUGUCAGAGUGCGGGAACUUCAAGAGGAGAACGCCAGCUUGAAGGUCCCGUGUGACAGAAGCUCAGAGAUCGAGGAGCUGAGAUCCAUCAUUGAGAACUUGCGAGACAACCAGCAACGCCUGCAGAGAGAGAAGGCAGAGGAGGUGGAGCAGCUCCACGAAGUCAUCGAGAGGCUGCAGAGAGAGCUCUCGCGCGGGGGGCCCGCGGUGCACGGGGCCGAGGUUAGCGGGCUGCUGGGUGACCCCACCGUGGGGCCUGAGGCACGGGCAGCAGCAGGGGUGUCGGGUCAGCGGCUCCCCCUGGAGGCCCUGCCACAGCGCUUGUGGGCUGCAGAGGAGGCCACCGCGAGGCAGUGGGCCGAGCUGGAGGGCAGCGCGGCCCUCCAGGAGGCUGAGGUCCAGGGCUUGGCCUCUCAGAUCCACGCCUUCAAAGCUGCCCUGCAGGCAAAGGAGGCCAAGGUCACAGAAAGGGACUUAGCGAUCGUCGCAAUGAAGCAGCAAAAAUUGGCCCACUCCGCUGAGCUGGAGACCGUCGUGAUGGCCUUCUCCUGCUUCUGCCUUGCCCUGGCCGCUGAGCAUGAGCCCCCGGAGCUGCAGGGGCUCCGAGCGCAGUGUGUCCGCCUCAGCAGCCAGCUGCAGGUGCGGAACCAGCAGUUCCUGAGCUGCCAGAAGGGGCUGGGCAAGCGGCAGGCGUGUGGGGCCCGCCUGCACUCUCGCGUGGAGGGUAGCUCCCAGGGAUGGGGCCCCAGGGCUGAGGAGGCCGCAUGUGACGAAGAGUCGCAGCAGGAUGCAGCCAGCAGGCCCCCAUGGCCAUGUCAGAGGACCCCUCUUGCUGGUUUGCCGGAGAGGGCAAUGAAUGAUGAUCUGCAGCCUGCCGAAGCCCCGGUGUCGUUAAACCACCCGGGUCUGCACGAACAAGACAACGUGAUGGAGUCUGAGCUGCUCUUGGUGAAGAACAAGAUGCACUUGAGAACAGAGGACCAUGGCAAAAAUAAGGAAAAACUACUGGAAGAUUGUCAGCUGCAGAAAGUUGGUCUCAUAAGUCAGGUGAAAGAGCUUCAAGAAAAGUUGAACCGUCUGGUGUAUUCUGUGAACUUGGAGAACAUCGAGACAGAGGAUUUCAAACAUCAGCAGCUGGUGGCAUCUUCACAUGCUUUAGAAAGUAGUUCGAGUGAUAGUUCUAGUCACGGUGAAGAAACUGGCAAAUCGACUCUUGUGGAUGCGUUUCUUAGCGACAAAACCAUGUGUGAUCUAAUUGACCUUAGUGGAAAUCAGGAUCCACUGAUAAAAAAUGAAAUGUCAAAUGUUGCCAUGGAAGAUCAGGUUGAUUUGCAGGACGGAUCACUUUGUUUACAAGCAGGCUUCCACGCUGGCUGCCAUGACCUAACCCAUACAGAGGGGCCCGGGCCCUUGAAGAACGCACUCAGGGCAGUGGAUCUAUCCUCCUGGAGCUCCCCGGAGGUUGUCAGGAAGGACUCGACCCUUGAGCCCGCGCCCAGCCUGCCCCUGACGCCAUGCUCAGAUGCCCUGAGCUCGGACGCCUCCCUGCAGGACAGGACCAGUGCCUCGGUCCAGGCUGACCAUUUGGAGCUGCUUUGGUCCCUGGGCGGCUCAGCAGCAGGAAAGGCCUCCAGGUGGGCAGAGUCUCCAUUGGCUGUAGAAAGAGCUCCCUCUGCUGACCAACAUGUGCAGCGGAUGGCUGUGGAGAAAGAUGUUGAAGACUUUAUUGUAACAUCUCUUGAUGCUCAAGAAAAGCCCAGAUCCUCUCCUCUCGGGUUUGAAGGAAAGAACAAUGGAAGUGAAAACAGUGAUGGCUCGGGGUUUGGAAAGAUACUAAACCAAGAUUCGGGAAGACUUGAAACUCCCACUGAUAGUCCUCCAGUGCCUCCUCCCACCUCUGGAAGGUUCCGACGGCCGGUGGAAGCCAUGAAGGAGAAGGAAGUGCAUCCGAAACAAGUGAAGGCUUUGCUGCAGAUGGUGUGUGACGAGAGCCACCACAUACUGGCCUUGUCCGAGUGCCGCGGGCCGCCCAGCGCCCUGAGCAAGGGUGAGCCUAGUGCCCCCCUUGAGCACUUCCCGAGGGAGGGCCCCGGCCUUUUGGAGGCGGUGCCGGCCCUGCGGAGACAUCCGAACCUAGUACCCCAAAAGGGAGAGAAGGACCCUCCUGGCAUGUGUCUUGAUUGGAGAGGAGAAUUUCUACAGGUUGUGCAGGAGGCAUUUGGAAAAGAGCGGGAGAUGUUGAGGGCCGAGUGGCAGCCCCAGCCCUGCGGCUCUGACCCCGGGGACCACAGCUCCCUGCUAGAGCGGCUAGAGAAGGUGGUGCAGCAGCAGGGAGAUCUGCAGGAGAAGUCCUUGGAGCACCUUCGCCUGUCAGACAGGAGCAGCUUGCUGUCCGAGAUCCAGGCUCUGCGCGCCCAGCUGCGCAUGACGCACCUGCAGAACCAGGAGAAGCUGCAGCAGCUGUGCGCGGCACUGACCAGCGCAGAGGCCCGUGGGAGCCGGCAGGAGCACCAGCUGCGCAGGCAGGUGGAGUUACUGGCAUAUAAGGUCGAGCAGGAGAAACGUAUAGCAAGCGAUGUACAGAAAACCCUGAAUGAAGAGCAAGAGAAGGCCAGCAGCGUUCGGAAGCUCCUGGUGGUGGAGCAGACUGUCGUCAGAGACUUGAGAUCUGAGCUCCACGAGUGUAAACAGGACAAUGAGAGGCUGCUGGCCUCCCUCAGUGAGGCGCAAAAGGAGGUCCUCCAGCUGAGGUCUGUGCUGGACAGUAAGGAGAGCAACCUGAAGGCGGCCCUGCAGGAGCUGGAGUGCGAGCGCGGGAAGGAGCGCGCCCUGCAGAGCCGGCUGCAGGAGGAGCAUCUGCAGCACCUGCAGAAGGAGGGCCAGAGCUCCAAGACCCUGGAGGAGUUAAGAGCAUCCUUGGAGAAGCAGUGUGCUCAGAGUAAUCGACUGUGUGUUGCGUUGAAACACGAGCAGACAGCGAAGGACAACCUUCAGAAGGAGCUGCAGAUCGAGGCCUCGCGCUGUGAGGCGCUCCUGGCGCAGGAGCGGGGCCAGCUGUCCGAGCUGCGGCGGAGCCUAGAGGCCGAGAAGGGCCGGUCGCUGGAGCUGGCCGCGGCUCUACAGCACGAGCGGCUCCUGACGGAGCAGCUCAGCCGCGUUGCACGGGACACGCCGGCGCACCACGCUGUGCUGAGGAGGCUGAAGGACGAGAAGUCCCGCGCGGUGGAGCUGCAGGCCAGGCUGGAGCAGGUGGACGUGCAGAAGCGCCGUGCGGAGCUUGAGAGGGAGAAGGAGGUAAGGGCCGCACAGACCUCCGCCGUGGAGCGCCCCCAGGCACGGGAGCCGCGGCAUGGUCUGCGGAGAGAGGGGGAGAGUUCUGCGAGGCUGGCCGCACGGGAAGGACUUGAGGACGCGAGGAGGAGAGCGGAGACGGGGCCGGGCCAGGCCGACGUGGAGAUGCGGCCGACGGGAGACAAGGAGAAACUGCGGGAAUUGGAGUUGCAGCAUCAGCGAGAUGAGCACAAGAUCCGGCAGCUUCAGCGGACGGUCCAGGCCCUGGAGGCGAAGGCAGCCGCUCGCCAGUCCCCAGAGGCUGAGUGGCUGCAGGAGGAACGGCACAGCCUGGAGAAGGUCCGGCAGCAGCUGCUGUGUGCAGCCGGGCUCCUGACCAGCUUUGUCAGCCAGAUGGUGGACAGGACAAUUAGUGAUUGGACAUCGUCGAAUGAGAAAGCAGUGAGCUCCUUACUGCGCACGUUAGAGGAGCUCAAGUCUGACCUGAGCGCGCCCAGCUCCUCCCAGAAAAAGAUGACAGCAGAGCUGCAGACCCAGCUGGUGGACGUCCUCCUGAAAGACAACGACUCCCUGACGAAAGCUCUGCGCACGGUGACGCAGGAGAAGGCGGACCUGUGCCGGGCGGUGUCGCAGCUGGAGAAGUCCCUGAAGCAGCACCUGCUGAAGCGCGGCGUGUGGAGUAGGCCGGACAAGUCUGCGUGGAAGCAACACGGGGCGGUCUCACAGAGCUCAGUGGGACAGCCAGACCCAGCACUGCCCGCACCGGCCACACGCGAGGAGGGAAACACCUGCAGCGUGCACAUGGAGAAAUUGUACUUGCAUUAUUUGAGAGCAGAAAGCUUCAGAAAAGCUCUGAUUUAUCAAAAGAAGUAUCUUUUACUAUUGAUUGGUGGAUUCCAGGACUCUGAACAAGAAACACUCUCCAUGAUCGCCCAUUUGGGAGUAUUUCCUUCCAAAGCAGAUAAGAAAAUUACCACAUCUCGCCCUUUUACGAAGUUUCGGACUGCCGUCAGGGUGGUGAUCGCGAUAUUAAGAUUACGUUUCUUGGUUAAGAAGUGGCAAGAGGUAAAUCGGAAAGGAGCCGUGGUGGCAGGCCGAGCGCCCCGUCUAGCGGUUGUGGGGGAAGGAUUCCCGGCACCACGGCAGCAGCCUCCACCCAAAACCAGCACCUCCCCGCCAACCCGGGACUUGUCCACCAGCCACGCCGGGGACCGUGUGCCCAAGGCCUCCCUGUGCAAGAGGGAGAGAUCCACUCCAUCCCCACAUUCAAGAUCAGAAAGAUCCCUGACUGCUUCUCAAGAUCCUGAGCAUUCCUUGACGGAAUAUAUUCAUCAUUUAGAAAUGAUCCAGCAAAGACUGGGUGGUUAUUUUUAGAUUCCGCUUCAAAGAAAUCCUGCCGCCAGAAGAUUACACAAUGAAUAA